AUGUUGCCAGUCGACCAAUUGGUUGAACAGUUAACCACCGAGGAAAAGGUUUCUUUGAUUGCGGCAGUUGAUUUUUGGCACACUGCAAAGAUCGAUCGAUUGGGAAUUCCCUCGAUUCAAGUCAGUGAUGGCCCAAAUGGAGUAAGAGGUUCCCGAUUCUCUGGCGGUACACCUUCUGCAUGUUUUCCUAAUGGAACCUGCAUAGCAUCUACUUUUGAUGCUGAACUAGUAGAGAAGGCAGGAGAAUUAAUGGCCAUUGAGGCCAAACACAAGGGAGCCCAAGUUAUUUUAGGUCCUACCUUAAAUAUUCAGAGGAGUCCGUUAGGAGGUAGAGGAUUCGAGAGCUUCAGUGAGGAUCCUUAUUUAAGUGGUAUUAUAGCUGCUUCUAUCGUUUCCGGUAUCCAGAAAUCAGGUGAUCUUGCUGCCACGGUAAAGCAUUUCGUCUGCAAUGAGUUAGAACAUGAGAGAUUUUCAUCCAACAGUGUUGUUAGCGAGAGAGCUCUUCGUGAGAUAUACUUGGAGCCAUUUAGACUGGCCAUUAAAUUGGCCAACCCUAAGUGUCUCAUUACCAGUUACAACAAGAUCAAUGGUAUCCAUAAUUCGGAGAGCCGGAAAUUACUUCACGAUAUCUUAAGAGAAGAAUGGAAAUGGGAUGGAUUGAUCAUGAGUGACUGGACUGGCACCUAUUCCUGUGUUGAUGCCCUUAAAAAUGGCUUGGACAUUGAGUUUCCUGGACCUACCAAGUUCAGAAGAUGGGAGGUCAUCAAGCAUUUGUUGAUGUCCAAAGAGGGAAAUCUUAAAGAAACUGACAUUGAUGAGAGAUGUAAACAGGUGUUGAAGCUUGUUGAGUAUGUCUCUGGCAAUGGUACCAAACUUCCUUUCGACCGCAGAGAGGAUACAAAGAACAAUACUUCUGAGACCAGCUCAUUCUUGAGAAAGAUUGCAGCUGACGGUAUUGUCUUGUUGAAAAAUGACAAGAACAUUCUUCCUUUAUCCAAGGAAAAGUCUACCGUUGUCAUUGGACCGAAUUCAAACGCUUUAAACACCUUUUCUGGAGGAGGUUCUGCUUUCUUGAGACCUUACUAUGUGAUUACACCAUUAGAAGCUAUCAAGAAUAAAGUUUCUGGUGGUAAAGUCGAUUUCACUGUUGGCUGUCACACUUUUAAAACUCUUAGUGGAUUGUUUGAGCAAAUGAGUAAUAAUUUGGAUAGUUCAAAAAGGGGAAUUGGAGCUCGUUUCUACACCAAGCCAAAGAAGGAAAGAGCAGGCAACGAAAGACCUAUUGAUGAGUGUGUCAUCAAAGAGUCGUUUAUCAACUUGGCUGACUACUCCAAUCCUGCUGUGGAUGAACAGACAAAGAUUUUCUACGUAGAUUUCGAGGGAUACUUUGAGCCUUUGGAAACUGCAGACUACCAGUUUGGUUUCGAGGUAGUCGGUACUGCUAUGCUUUAUAUUGACGAGAAGUUGUUGAUUGACAACAAGAAUCAUCAGACUAAGGGAGCCUUCUGCUUUGGCAGUGGUGCCGUUGAAAAAACGACCGAAGUUCAUUUGGAGGCAGGAAAAAAGUACAAGAUCACAAUUGAAUUUGGUUCUGGUUUCACUUCCCCUGUUGCACCAAAUUUCACUGGAGGUGAACUACAGGCUGGUGUGACAAAAGUUAUUGAUGAUGAAAAGGAGAUCGAAUAUGCCGUUGAACUUGCGAAAUCUCACGAUAAUGUCAUUCUAUGUAUUGGAUUGAAUAACGAAUGGGAAAGCGAGGGUUAUGACCGUGAGGACAUGAUGUUACCAAGAAAGACCAACGAUUUGGUGGCAGCAGUUAUUGGGGCCAAUCCAAAUACUGUAGUGGUGAACCAAUCAGGAAGUCCUGUUGAAAUGCCAUGGUUACAAAGCUGUAGUACAUUGGUUCAGGCCUGGUAUGGAGGUAAUGAAUUGGGUAACGCCAUUGCAGAUGUUUUGUUUGGAGAUGUUGUUCCUAGUGGUAAGCUCUCAUUGAGUUGGCCAUUCAAAAAUGAAGACAACCCUGCUUUUCUUAACUUCCACACUGAAAAGGGCCGUGUUUUGUAUGGUGAAGAUGUGUUUGUUGGUUACCGUUACUACGAGAAGUUACAACGCCGUGUGGCUUUCCCUUAUGGAUUUGGUUUGUCAUAUACCACUUUUAAAUUUGAGAAUCUUAAAGUUGAUGCAGAUGAUAAGAAGAUUGAUGUGUCUUUGAAGGUCAGCAACACUGGGGACAAAUAUACUGGGAAAGAGGUGAUCCAGUUGUAUGUUGGUGCUAUCAAUCCUUCAAUUAUUAGACCUGUCAAGGAAUUGAAAGCUUUUGCCAAGGCCGAAUUAAAGCCUGGUGAAACCACUAGUGUCAGUUUUUCUUUGGACUUGAAACGUGCUUGCUCUUACUUCGAUGAGUACCAGAAUAAAUGGUGUUUAGAGGCAGAUAAAUACCAGAUCCACGUGGGUAGCAGCAGUGAUGAUAUCGAUCUUAUUGGGGAGUUCGAAGUGACAAACACCGUCUACUGGUUGGAAUUGUAA